AUGGCUACCAAAACCAAAGGCGACACCGAGGGCGAUGCUCCUGAUAUCACGGUGGCUUCUCGAGACGCCUUCGAGUCCGACCAGUCGAAUUCAGGCGACAAACAAAACUCGUCCAUCUCUGGAGAUGGCGUUCAGCAGCCGACCAAGGAUAAGAAUGAAGAGGAAGACUUUGCCAAGGGCAAGUCAUGGCGGUUCUGGGCCAUAUUCCCAGCCAUCAUGUUCACUACGCUGCUCUCAGCCAUCGAGGUGACUGUUCUCUCCACAGCCAUGCCUACAAUUGUGCACGAGCUCGACGUCGGCAAUAGCUACGCCUGGAUCAUCAACUCUUUUCUCCUCACAAGCACCGCAUUUCUGCCCGUCAUUGGGCAGCUCGCCGACGCCUGGGGCCGCCGGUGGCCUACCAUCAUCAGCGUUGCCAUCUUCACAGUUGGCAGCGGCAUCUGCGGUGGCGCCAAUAACGCGGAGACGCUCAUUGUAGGCCGUGCUAUCCAAGGUCUCGGCAGUGGCGGUCUCAACAUGCUCAUCGAUUUGAUCAUUUGUGAUCUCAUUCCCCUGCGUGAGCGUGGCAAGUUCAUCGGCCUCGUCAAUCUUGUUUUCGCCGUCGGCCUCUUCACGGGGCCGUUCAUCGGUGGUAGCAUCGUCCAGCACACUUCGUGGCGUUGGGUCUUCUGGAUCAGCGUGCCAAUCGGUGGCGUGUCGCUUUUGAUGUUGUACGCCUUCCUUCGCGUCAACUAUGUUCACGCUCCCUUCAAAGAGCGCGUCAAGACCAUUGACUACAUCGGCAACAUCAUGGUUCUCGGCUCUACGACAGCCAUCCUGUAUGCCCUCACCUAUGCCGGUACCGAAUACGCCUGGACUGACGGCCGCGUGCUGGCGCCACUGAUCAUCGGUCUCGCCGGCAUGGUUGCUUUCCAUUCGUACGAAGCUUCGAGAUUCUGUAGCCAUCCGACGAUCCCACCUCACCUUUUCGGCAAUCGCACGUCCUCCAUCGCUUUCCUCAUCACUUUCCUCCAUGCCCUAAUGACACUAUGGACACUGUACUUCCUGCCCGUCUACUUCCAGGCCGUGCAGCUCGUUUCACCGAGCCGCUCAGGAGUACAGAUCCUGCCCACCGUCUGCGCCAUGAUCCCACCGGCACUGAUUGCCGGCCAAUACCUCAGUCGCACAGGUAGAUACAAGCUCCUGCACGUCGUCGGCAGCAUCUUCAUGGCCGCCGGCCUCGGCAGCUUCGCAGCCCUGAACCGAGACUCGAGCACGGCGGCAUGGGUCUGCCUCCAGAUGAUCCCGUCGUUCGGCAACGGACUGCUGACGACGUCGCUGCUGCCAGCCGUGCAGGCGUGCCUCACAGACGAGGACAACGCAUCGUCGACGUCGACCUGGGCGUACGUUCGCAGCUACGGCGCCAUCUGGGGCGUGACGAUCCCGGCGACGACGUUCAACAACAUCUUCUCGCGGAACCUGUGGAAGAUUUCUGACCCCGCUGUGCGCGCCGCUCUCGGCGGCGGCAAUGCCUAUUCGUAUGCCGCGCGCGACUUUAUCAAGUCGUUCCCCGUCGAGGCGCAGAACGAGAUUCGCGAGGUUUAUACGGACGCCCUACGUAUCUCGUGGGCCGUGGCGGCGGGCAUCAUGGGCUUGGCUGUUGUGUUUUCGUUCUUUGAGAAGGACGUUGCGCUGAGAGCAUCGCUGCAGACGCAGUUUGGCAUCAAGGAGGAGCAAAAGGAGAAAGACGAGGAGGCAUCGAAGCCGGGGGAGAAAUAG